AAAAGAAGAAGAAAUUAUCAGCUGCUUUAACUGGAAUGAAAGAAGUGAAGAUAUUAGUAUCAAAACUGGACAUUGAGAAGUUGCAGACUCCAAUCCACAUUUCCCAGUUAUCAUCUGUGGGUGACUCUGUCAAUCAGCACAUCCAUGACGACAACAACCAACAACAACAUCACACAAGACGUCACAAACAAACCGGACAACGCAAAGGAAAUGCAGAUGACCUGCUCCCACUGCCAGAAGGCCAUGAUGAAGGGUCAAACGGCUUACCAGAAGAAGGGAUUCACAGACGUCUUCUGCUCCAAAAACUGCCUAUUCGCCUUGUUUCCCGUCAACAAACCAAACACCAAGAUCUGUCAUUUCUGUCAUAAGGCGAUAUCACAGCCUCUGGACCUCAUCAUGGCUGCUGUGGAUGUUAAGGGAACUAUGAAGGACUUCUGCAGUGUGACCUGUCUGGUUUCUUUUAAGUCCAACACGCCGCCCGCCCAAACACCACCGUCCAUCUGCAUGAUGUGCAACAAAUCCUGCACUACCACAAGUGAGUUGACCCUGAACGGGUCUCUCCACAAGUUCUGCAGUGACUCCUGCAUGGACGAUUUCAGCAGACACAACAUGGCCAUGUGUGAGAACUGCAACUCCAUCGGACGCAACAAACCACUCAUAUUGAUGCUGAAGGAGGAGACGAAGACCAUCUGCAGCGAUGACUGUCUGGAGGAGUUCAAAGAGAGCAUUGAGACUUCCUACCAGUGCACUAUGUGCGACAUUUCUCUACCGAUGUCCGACAUGGUUCACAAUAAAAGCGACGAGGACAUGGUGGAGCUCUUCUGCACUCGCACUUGUGUGAGGUCAUACAUGCUGCGGCCCGAUAUUGUAGACAAGCUUCAAGAAAAGAAAAACGCAGCUCUGUUGAGGAGGAAAAGAGGCAAACAAUCGGAACAAACAUGGAAUACAGAGGACGGUAGUGUCACUUCAAACUCUGUCGCAAACGAUACAGCUGCUAAAUCGGAAACUCCGACAUUCACCUUCGCAAAAGAGUGCGUUGUCUGUUGCCACUGUGGAAAGGAACUGCAGAGCGGAGAGACUCUGGUCAAGUUGAAGAAGUCACGAGAGGUUUUUUGCUCAGCCUCUUGUCUCUCUGAAAAACAUCCUCACGUCAAACUGGACACCAAAAAGUGCUACAACUGCUUUCAGGUGAUCUUGCGGCCUCACAACAUCAUCCUGGCUCCGGUGGAUGAUUCAGGAACUAUGAAGGAGUUGUGCAGCAACGCCUGCCUUUCUUCUGUCAACUCCAAGAGGAACUUGGCUGCACCGAAACCCCCACCUCCACCAGAGUGCCGGAUGUGCACCAAAUUUUGCUCUUGCAAAUUCAAGCUAAACCCGGAUGGCUCGAUGCAACGACUGCCUCAGUCCGCCUGCUCCAUCAACGACAACAAAGUCAACGACCUGCCUGGGUUUACCUGCGACGUCUGCGGCUCCGUCUGCUCCGACAGUCGGCUCACGCUGAAGAUGGACGGCGGCAGUAAAACCAGCUGCAGUGAAGAAUGUUUGGUCAAACUCAAACAGAAGAUUGAGACGCCUCAGCUGUGCCCAAUGUGCCAGACGUCCCAUCAGAUCUCAGACAUGGUUGACAGUAGAAAUGAUGAGGGCUGGCUGGACUUCUUCUGUAGCAACAGAUGUAUGAUGGUACACAAAGCUCAAUCUUCUACCGUUUCAGGAAGGAACAGCCCGUCAUUUGAUAAGAAUGACAUUAAAGAAGUGAAGCCGUCGCUACUGAAUCUGGACUGUAUAAAACAAGAGCCCAUUGAUGAAGAGUACAAACAGAGUGUCUCACCCUCCAUAUCCACAGAAGACAUCAAGGACGAGCCUAAUGUGAUAAAAAAGGAGGACUUGAAGAUUGGUUCAGUCUUCUCGUUGACGGGAGUCUCCACGUCCACGGCGCCCACUCUCACCCACAGGGAUUUGCCUGCGUCUUGUUCCAACUGCAAAAAGGUCCUGAUGGACGGAGAGACAGUUUAUCAGAGGAAAGCCCACUCGAACAUCUUCUGCUCCACUCCUUGCCUUUUGAAAUUCUACCAAACGAAACAAGCUAAGAAGACCUGCCACUUCUGCCUCCAGGCGAUAACGCAGCCUAAGGAUGUCCUCCAGGCCCCGGUGGAUAAUGAGGAGACGAUGAAGGAUUUCUGCAGCCAGACCUGCUUGUCCUCUUUCAACUACAAGACAAUCAUGUCCACUAGAAUAUCCAUCGUGCCAGUCGCGUCACAGUCACAAUGCAGCAUGUGCAGCAGAUAUUGUGUUAUCAAACACGAGAUCCUACAGCAGGACGUCGUCCACAAGAUCUGCAGUGAUCCCUGUUUUUUCCGCUUCUGCAACAUGAACAACCUGUCUGUCUGUGAGAACUGUCGCUCCAACUGCAACACACCUGUCAUGCUCAAGAUGGAAAAUGGCAGCAUAAAACUGUGCAGUGCAGAGUGUCUGGUACAGUUCAAACAGAAAAUCGAAGCGCCGCAGCCGUGUGCCAUGUGCUCCACGCCCCAUUUAAUGUCUGAUAUGGUUGAAAACAAAAACAGCGAGGACGUGGUGGAGCUCUUCUGUACCAACAGUUGUGUGAUGGCGGCCAAGAUCCAGGCUGUCAGUGCGUCAGGUAUUCCGUUGAAUUGUGACAACUGUGGUAAGACUACACUGCCAGCCUGCCACCUCGCCAUGUCGGAUGCCUCCAUCAGAAACUUUUGUACUCUAACCUGUGCCAUGGCUUUUAAGGAGACGCAGAACGCUGCCACCAGCCCAACAGCAGCCUCCGACCAAACCCAGUGUGAUUUCCUCAAACCACCGGAGAAACUACCAUGUGCACAGUGUCGACGCAUUUUAAAAACGACACCCAAAGUUGUCCAGAAAAAGGGCAAAAUGAACUUUGUGUGUAGUCAGGCCUGUUCUCAAGAGUUUAAGAGGGUCAACAACACCAUGGGCAAGUGUGAAUUUUGCAAGAAUGAAAGGAUCAUCAAAGAUGUCAAGAGGGUCAACGACAAAGAUUGCUACUUCUGCAGCGAUGGCUGCAUUAUGCUCUUUUGCCAUGAGCUGGAAGAGAGAUGGGGGGAAUACUGUCACUUGUGUGCUUACUGCCUCUCCACCUCUAAGACGUUGGUGACAGCUCAGUAUAAAGGCGUUGAAGAGGAGUUCUGCUCUGAAGAAUGCAACUCAAAUUACAACAUGCUCUUCUGUCAUCUUGCCAAGUGUGACACCUGCGGUCGCGAAGGGAAACUGAGGCAGAGUCUUCCCAUGCUGGGAGAGGUCAAACACUUCUGUGACCUCAAAUGUCUCCUACAUUUCUGCAACAAAAAGGUCCAGAUGGUCAAUAAAGCAACAGUCUCUUCACCUCCCAAAUCUGCAGGAACAGUGGAGUCCUCCCCUGUCAUCGCUAACGUCAUCUCGCUUGCUGGCACCUUGGCUAAGCAACCCGAUGCCUCUGCCAGCUCUGCACAGCACGUGUCUCUCUGUGACAUUCAGACGAAGGUUGUUGGACAUGCCAGUGUUCAAACAGUCCCCAAGGAACUGAAGAACAAGUCCAUGCUCUGCACACCGUUGGUCCAUAACAAAGGCAUCUCCUGUACGACACAGACUGUCAACACAGAAACACAGACUGACAACUUCGAACCCAAAGUCGUAGUCCUGCCUCUCCCGGUGCCGGUGUACCUUCCUGUGCCUAUGGGCAUGUACAGCCAGUACACACCAAAGCCUGUGGGCCUUCCCUUACCGCUUCCUGUGCCCGUGUUUCUUCCUGCGACGCCGGACGGCCCUGACCAAACCGUGGAACCCGUGAAGGAGAGGAUUCAGCCCGUCUCCUUCGGUGAAGAGUUCGACUUCAAGUCUGAGAUAAAGGAAACACAAGAUGAGAACGACGAGACAAAAGAGGAAAUUCACACACCAAAGGAGCACAGUAGUGAUAGCUUCGAUGUAGAUCAUCAGGCCACUAUCAACAACCUGGAGGACUUCUUGUCUGACACCAUCUUCGGGUCGCCCAGUCGAACACACACCCACGGAAAAGACGUGGGAAUGACCAGUGAACUUCAACUUCCUCUGGAGAUGAGAGAGGAUCCUGAGAGCUCACUGAGUCCUGCACAGGUCCCUCCACUAUUACAGCAAACUGUGGGGAAAGUCCACAACAAGAAUAAGGGUCGUAAGCUGCAGCGGGUCUCCAAGGCAGCCGAUGAGGAGACAUCUCAGAGAGACUUUUCCAAGUCCACGUCUAGAAAGCAGCACAAGCUGAAGAGUCAGUGUGGGAUUGACGCCUGGAAGAGAUGGAUACAGCUGAGGGAAUCACAAACCGACCUGGACCUCGUUUCAUCUCGCACUGCAACGUUUAGUGAAGAUGUUCUUCGCUGCUCUGCGACCGAGCUGAGCGACGGCCUCUGCCGAUUCAUUACUGAGGUGAAAGGACCCGAUGGAGCGCCGUACUCCCCCGACUACCUGUUCUACCUCUGUCUCAGCAUACAACAGUACCUGUUUGAUAACGACCGUAUGGAGAACAUAUUCAGUGACCGGAUCUACAGCAGGUUCUCCACUCGGUUCACCAAGAUCCUGAAAGCUUUCAAACCCUCUGUCACAGCCAGCGGUCGCAUCCAGUCCAGUGUGGAGGAGGAGUUUCUGUGGGACUGUAAACAGUUGGGGGCGUACUCCCCCAUCGUCCUCCUCAACACUCUGCUCUUCUUCUGCUGCAAGUUCUUCGGGUUCACCACGGUGGAGCAGCACCGCCAGCUGUCCUUCGCCCACGUCACGCAGUGCACCAAAACCAACCCGGACGGCACCGAGACCGCCUUCCUGCGGUUCUACCGUCCAAUAUCCAGAAACGACGCGGAGUCAGAUGCAGACGGCGUCCCGGCUAAGAAGUGUAAGAAACAUGAGAGUAAAGAAGAUAUCCUGGAGAUGAUGGAGAACACAGAGAAUCCUCUCCGCUGUCCAGUCAGACUCUACGAGUUCUACCUCUCUAAGUGCUCGGAGUCGGUAACGCAGCGCACCGACUUGUUCUACCUUCAACCAGAUCGCUCUUGCGUUCCCAACAGUCCUCUGUGGUUCUCCUCCACGCCUCUGGACAGCGGCACAAUGGAGGCCAUGCUUGUUCGAACCCUCGCCGUUGGAGAGCUUCAGUGGGAAUACAGACGAGGCGUGGACCAACAGACUGCAGAUGACUCAACAUUUAUACCUGAUGAGGAGGACUCACAAUGAUGAAGUCCAGUUAUUUCAUUUUAGAUUCAAGCUGCAUUUAAAAAUCUGUAAAGUGGAUUUAUUUGGAUAAGUCCCACAUAUAGUUAUAAUAUAUGCUUUGUCUUAAUAGAAGUUCAUUAACAGUCGAAUCAAGAUGUUUUUUUUUUAUUUGAUCAAACUAACAGACUUCAGAUAGACAUUCUAUAUUAACGGACUAAUCCUGCUUUGAAUUAUGGGUAAAGUAAGACUUUAAACUGAAAAACGUGAAUGAGCAGCUGCAUCAAACAGCAGCAAAUUCAGCAAAGAGUGUUAACCAUGUUUUACCAGUUUUACAGACGCCCUGAAUAAUUUUUAUUUUAUUUUAUUUUAUUUAAACUUUUACUGUUAAACCAUUCUUUUAAACUCAUCCUUUCAGGGCGUUUCUGUAAAGCGGACUCUAAUUUGCAUUAAACUAAUCUAAGAAUAAGAUGAAGACUGAUCUAACACACAACAUACCACCAGUGUGAAACCGGCCCCUGAUGUGUUUUCAAGUUUAAAGGAGAAAAAGAAACUUAUGAAGAGGAAAGAAAAAAACUUGUUGAUUUAAUGUUUGUCAAACCUUUGUUUUGUGUUUGUGUCCAUUGAGUUGUGAGAGUUGAGAUUGAGUUAUUUUUUACUUUUUAUUAAUAAAAUUAUUUAAAAAUAA